AUGGAUGCUUCAACUCCUCAUUUAGAGUGUGAACAACAGCAGCAGCAGCAGCAGCAGCAGCAAGAGCAGCAGCAGCAGCUGUCGGCUUCUAUUGCUAUAGCAGAUCGAUUGCUGGAGGCUCUUGAGUUAGACUACCAGCAGACAUUGAAUGCAAAAGUAGUUGAUUAUAAUAAUUAUAAUAACUGCAGCUAUUCAAACGAAGAAAAACAAGAAAAAGACAGUGCCUAUGAACAACACCAGACUGAUGCAGAAGCUGUAGCAGCAACAGAAGCCAGCGAAUUACGGUGUAUGUACACCCCAAUAUCAGCAGCAGCAGCAGCAGAAGAAGAAGAAGAGGAAGAAGAAGAAGAAGAAGACGAAGGAAAUAGAAGCAGACACACAGCAGCAACAGCAGCAGCUGCUGCUACUGCAGCAGCAGCAGAGAAGGGACAGCAGCAAAGAAGAGCAUGUAAAGGGGAUAAACCUUUAGAUGCUGCUACUGCUGCAUUUAUAAUGGAGGUUAUGAAUUGUCUCUCUCUUAAAGACCCCAGAGAGAACAGACAAACAGUAAAGAAGCAGCAAUAG